AUUACCGCAUGAUUGUUUCCUAUAAUUUGGACCAAAAAUCAAACUGGACUGGGACCUUAUUAGUCAUGUUUUUUGAAAAAUUUAAAACUAAUUUUGAAACUUUUUAUUUUAUUUUAUUUUUGGUACUAAUUUGAAUGAAUUUUCAAGUGACGCAACAACGUGACGCCAUGAGCUGACUAACGAUUUACUAGCUGUAAACCUCUUGACGGUUUCUCCACUUCCCUAUAAAUUCGUCCUUUUUGCCCCCAUCUAGUAGAGUAAAACCAGACCAAAACAAGAUCACAGCGCGUAUCAACAUGGAUUGCAGAGAAAAUCCCAGCAUCAUUACCACCGGCGCCACCGCCGCUGCAGUGGCAGCAGCAACUUCUCCCUCCUCACUCUCUCCUAUAUCAUCUCCGACUGGAUCUUUUUCAUCUUUUCAGCCACGACCUGUUUCAUUUAGUCCUUGUGCUGCAUGCAAAAUCCUCCGCCGGAGAUGCGUCGAUAAAUGUGUUUUGGCACCUUAUUUUCCGCCGUCGGAGCCACUCAAAUUCACCAUUGCUCACAGAGUUUUCGGCGCCAGCAACAUAAUCAAGUUGUUGCAGGAACUUCCUGAAGCUCAAAGAUCAGAUGCUAUGAAUAGUAUGGUUUACGAUGCCAACGCCAGGCUUAGGGAUCCAGUUUACGGUUGUGCUGGUGCAAUUUGCCAACUUCAGAAGCAAAUCAGUGAGCUGCAAGCAGAACUGGCUAAAUCACAAGCUGAAAUUUUAAACAUGCAAUAUCAAAAUGCCAAUUUGGUGGAAUCCAUCUACCAAAAAAUGUUACAGAAUCAAGAAAACUCCCCUCAAUACCAGCAAGACGAGGAUUCACGAUUCUUUUUGGAUGAAAGCUUUUUGGGUUUGGAACCCCUCUAGACAUGAACAAUUUUUGAAGUGAGAUACUAAGAGGGCUGCUACAUCUAAUUUUUACAUAGUUGAUCCUAGUUGUCUACUAAAAGUGUAUUAAAUUAUGGGAUUUAUAUCUUAAACUAAAAUUCGUCAAGAUGUUUAUCCUAGUUAAUUAGCUCAUUUCUUGUAUUAUUACUUUUCCUAAGGAAAAGAAAAGUCCUGGCAAAGGAAAAUACAUGUUGGAAAGAGAUGUUCACUGAGUCACAAAGGAUUGGAACUACUUGUAAUGGAAACUUUUGG